AUGGGAAUCUUCAUCUUCUCUUUUGUCACUUUUGCCCUCCUUUGCUGUUGCAAUCUUCCCUUCGUGUUAUCUUCGUCCUAUCAAGAAGUGUUCGAAGUAUACCAGCCGGUUUCGUUUACAUCUCAUGGAGCCAAAGGCUGUAAUAGGGAUGUGCUUCUCAUGAACCACACUUUUGGUUAUAGUUAUGGAGUUCCAUACGUCGGAACCUAUGAGCCACCGACAUGUGAGUUCGAUACUGUCCGAAUUAACGUGACAGUGUCCUGUCGUGGCGUACAAUAUGAUCGCCUGGCAAUCAUGUACCUGGGUGACAUAGAAGUCUUUCGAACAUCGACUGCCGAGCCAACGAAAACUGGUAUCGAAUAUACAUACAUUAAAGAGAUGUCACAGUACAACUCUCUCUGGAAAGAAGAGCAGAAGCUGAUCUUUGAUCUCGCCAACAUUGUAAACGAUGAAUACACUGGGUCAUGGAAUGUGACGUUAACUGCUCACUUCUCCUAUGAGAAUAAUGUGAAAACUGCCGACUCCAUCCUGCCCAUUUCUGCGCGAAAAGCAGCAUCAAAUUCAUCCAGUUCAUUUACAGUUCCCUCCGACAACACUACAGUCUCGUACAAUAUUCCAGAUACGGUGUCGCGUGCUGUUGUAGCCAUCUCUGGUUGUGGCCAAUCCAAAGAGGAGUUCUGGUACCAGAAUGUUUUCAACCAAGAUAGCGAGGAUUUCUCGGAUACUGUGGGAGAGCUUUACGGGUACUCUCCUUUCCGGGAACUUCAACUGUAUAUUGAUGGGACCCUUGCCGGUGUCGUCUGGCCAUUCCCGAUCAUCUUCACUGGGGGUGUCGUCCCUGGAUUCUGGCAUCCUAUCGUUGGCAUUGACGCCUUUGAUCUGCGAAUGCCAGAGAUUGACAUUUCGCCAUUUCUCCCGCUUCUUCAAGACAACAAAGAACAUUCAUUUGAGAUCCGAGUCAGUGGCUUAGAGAUUAAUGCAGAUGGAACCGCCACCCUAUCCGGUACCGUUGAGUCAUACUGGAUUGUAACUGGAAACAUCUUCCUCUACAGCACCAGCGAAAAGCGAGAUAGUGAAGUUCAUGAUUGGCCAGAUAUUGAAGCACCUGAGCCCAAAUUCACCGUUCUUCGAAAUCUUGUGCAGAAUGCUGACGGUGACAACGAAACUCUUUCCUACUCUGUUCUGGCGGAGAGGACAUUCAGCGCAAAGUCCUCCAAAUAUUCCUGGUCCCAAAAGUUGUCCUACUCCAAUUAUGGAUAUCUCAAUCAGGACGGAUACAGUCAAGCUAAUACGCAGCAUACUUCGGGUGUGAACAAAAUUGAGGAGCUUGGAAAGAACCCGUCAACUUAUGAGACCAAGUUUAGCUACCCUCUGGUGGUCAACAACACAUAUGGCAUCACGACAGAUACAUUCACUAUUGAUGGAUGGCUGGAGCGGGGACUUGACAUUGAGUCGUCAGGGGGGCUGGGUAUCUCCCCCUACACAUUUGUCUCCGGGCCUUCCAACCUUCACACGACCCAGUCUGGUGUUGCGACUUAUAUCUCGACUGAUUCCGGUUCCAGCUCCAAGGGAACAAACAUUGAUAAAUUCCAAUCCACUGCGAAUGGUGUGACAUAUUCCAGGUCUGUCAGCGCUGCAAAUGGCUCGGUGAUAUCCGAUACACAACCUAGGACUAAGGCACACUCUCUUAGUAGUAUGAGUGGUAUAGGAAGAGGUAGUGUGCGGAGUAUGUUGGGUAGAGGACCUAGGCAGGCCUCUGAUUAG